GUCGGUGGCUGGGUGGCGUGAUCAGGCCACACCACCCGAGUCAUGUGUCAGUGUGUGAUUGGUCGGCCGAUAUGUAGUGAGGCGAUGUGUGUGCUGGAUCGGAGAGAGAGGGCAGUCUGGUUUUGGUCAGUGAUAGCGCAAUACACCUCCACAGCUCAGCCGGCUUGUGAACACUACAUGGCGCAGCCGACAUCUACGGACCUGCUGCAAGUAAGCUGAGGUGUCGCCACCGGUGCCUAUCCAGCUGGCCGGCGACGCAUGCCGUACAGCUUACGCUCCAAGUGCAAGAUGGACGGCUCUGACGACCAGGACAGCAGUUCGGCACCACCGUGGCUGGCUCAGCUCCAGCAGCAGCUACAACAGCAGCUUCAACAACAGCACGAACAACAUCAGCAAGACAUCGAGCUUCUCCGCAAGGAACUACAAGAACACCGUCUGACGGCAACAACGGCACCUGACAAGAAGCCAAUAGCUGCAGCGGCAGAUCCUGCGGCUCUCGCUGAACCGACAACGGACGGCGCUGUGGAAUCGGCGAAUCCUGUUACUUCACCACAGGCGGCUGGAGAGCUGGCAACGACACGACCGUCUACUGCAACCAGUGCUGUAGCAUCUCUAGCUCCUGCUUCAGCUUCUGCGCCGCUUCAUACAGACAGCGGGGCCAGGCGGCCACCGGUAUCUCCUCCAGUGAAGCUGUCGUCGUCUGCCACUCUCCGUGAGUUUCGCCUCUGGAGGUCAUCCUGGAAUGACUACUACCGCUUGGGGAGCAUCUUUACUCUUAGUCAAGAGGACCAGCUCGCCUACCUGCGAGCGUGCUUCACUGAAGACAUGCGCGCCGCCAGUCUGCACGCCGUCGGGAUCUGCCCGCACUCGGACAAUGUGAGCUCAUCGCUGGACAAGAUCGAGCAGUAUCUGCGGCUUCAGCACAACGUCGCCAUCGACCGGGUAAAGUUUGAAGAACGACACCAAGAAGAGGGAGAGUCAUUCGACUCGUUCCUGAUCGCGAUCAAGGAGCUGGCAGCCGACGCCGAGCUGUGCUCCUCCUGCAUGGACGACCGCAUCACAACGCGCAUCAUGUCCGGGAUACGCGACAAGGAUACACGUCGAAAGCUGCUGUCACUCCGGCCAUUCCCGUCGCUGCUGUGCGCAAUCGACAUCUGUCGAUCGGAGGAGGCCUCUCAAGCCAACAACCAGCUUCUGCAGGACAUCACUCAAGGCCAUCAGAGCGUCUUCCGGGUGUCAUCACGCCAGAAUCAGCGGAGCCCAUCACGAGAACGACCAUGUGAGGGCUGCGGCGGCACUGGCCAUCCCAGGAGGUCAUGUCCUGCUGCAAAUCUCACCUGCUACUCCUGCGGCACCAAGGGCCAUCUGGCGGCGGUAUGCCGCAAACGGCAGCAGGCUCACCAGCCACCAGAGGCACAGCGAUCUCGGAGCAGAAACCGGCACUCGAACCAAGUCUCCAUUCCACAAGUCGUGGUCGGCAGUCUGCACAAGAGUCAGCAGGCACCGAAGAUUGCUGUUCAGCUUCGGCGUGUUGACGGCACCCUCCUUGGUAAUGUCGAUGCCACGCCUGACUCAGGCGCAGAGAUCUCUGUGAUGAGUGCUGAGCUGGCGCGCCAGCUCGGUGUGCGGCAGGAAGAUCUGUCGCCACCGCCGAGUAUCCAGAUCUCCGCUGCCAAUCUGCAACCCAUGCGCUGCACUGGCACCUUCGAGGUCUUCAUCAGCCUUCAAGACAGACUGAUCCGAGACACUGUGUACGUCUUCACGGAAUCUCGCGGCAUGCUGUUGGCCUGGUACACCGCCAAGUCUCUGGCCAUCCUACCAGACCACUACCCCCAGCCUGGAAGUCAGCGACCUGCUAUUGGCAGCAUCGUCACGACCGAUUCAGAUGGAGAAGGGAGGACGUCGCCAACGGAUCCGAAGUCUGCUGUUCGGCAGCAUGGCAAGCUGCGACAACAGCUUGUCAAGGAAUACCGUGAUGUCUUCUUCACGGCGGACGGCAAGAACUCUCUCCAACCGAUGUCCGGUGAAUCAAUGGUCAUCCACGUCACUGAGGACGUCACGCCGUUUGCGGUCCGCACGGCUCGGCAGGUUCCCUUCGCCUGGAGGGACGAGGUCAAAACGCAGCUGGACCAGAUGGUUCUGCAAGGCAUCAUCGCACCACUCGGCGCAGAACCUACAGAUUGGUGUCAUCCUCUCGUGCUGGUUGCCAAGGACACUGGUGUACGCAUCUGCAUAGACCUCACCAAGCUGAACAAGUUUGUCAAGCGGCCACUGCAUCCCCUCAUCACGCCUCGUGAAGCCAUCUCACAGGUACCCACGGACGCGAGGUUCUUCUCAACACUGGACGCGAAGUCUGGAUACUGGCAGCUGCCUCUGCAUCCUGAGAGCCAACAUCUGACGACCUUCAUAACUCCCUGGGGCCGCUACAAGUUUCUCAGAGCUCCGAUGGGCCUGAUCUCGACUGGUGAUGAGUAUUGCCGACGGGGUGAUAUCGCUCUUCAGGGACUCGACAACUUCGUCAAAGUCGUCGACGACAUCCUGGUGUAUAGCAAAACCCUGGAAGAGCACGAGCGUCAUCUCCGAGCUCUUCUCGACCGCUGUCGGGAGAACAGCAUCACCCUCAAUGAGAAGAAGUUCUUCUGCGCCGUGGAAGAGGUGUCUUUCUGCGGCUUCACGCUGUCACGUGCUGGGAAGCAAGUCCAGCCAGGCAAGGUCUCUGCCAUCACCGAGUUCCCGCCGCCUACCAACAUCACGGAGCUGCGAUCCUUCAUGGGCCUCGUCCAGCAGCUCGGCGACUUCUCCAAAGAGAUCUCCUCGACAGCCGAGCCUCUGCGUGGUCUACUGAAGCCAAGCAACAGUUUCAUCUGGACUCCAGACCAUCAGGCUGCAUUCGACGCGAUGAAAGCGGCUCUGGCAGCGCCACCUGUGCUGGCGCACUUCGACCCAUCUCUGCCUACGAUGCUGCAGACAGAUGCAGCAAGACGGAAAGGUCUCGGAUACGCCCUGCUUCAGCGCCACGGUAACCACUGGCGUCUGGUGCAAUGCGGAUCUCGUUUCCUUUCGGACACGGAAACCCGAUACGCCAUGGUGGAGCUGGAGCUGCUGGCGAUCGUCUGGGCGCUGAAGAAGUGUCGCAUCUUCUUACGCGGCCUCCCACACUUCGAAGUCCUCGUGGAUCAUCGGCCACUCCUGCCGAUACUGAACGAUUUCACUCUCGACACCAUUGAGAACUCCCGCCUACAGAGACUGAAGGAGAAGACGUCGCUCUUCAACUUCACCGCCAAGUGGAUCCGUGGGAAGGAGCACGUCAUCCCAGACGCUCUCUCUCGUGCUCCUGUCGAUGAGCCCACCGCUGACGACGAUCAACUGGUCCAGGAGGUGGAAUGUCAUGUCCGCCGGGUGUCAGUCAGCACCAUUCAAGAGAUCACUGUUCUGCAAGGUGAAACUCACCUGCCUGACCCGCGUCUGGAGAAGCUCACUGAAGUCGCCGGUUCUGACAGCGAGUACCAACUCCUUCUGCGCGCUGUCAAGGAUGGCUUCCCUGUCUCCAAGGAGCAGCUUCCUCAGCCUCUCCGUCCUUUCUGGAGCGUCCGUCAUGAGUUAUCCACUCACAGUGGCCUUAUCCUCAAGGGAUGUCGCAUCGUCAUCCCUGCGGCUUCACGGAAGGCCACCCUGGAGGCUCUUCACGCUUCCCACCAAGGCGUCGAUAGAACCAAACGCAGAGCUCGUCAAACCGUUUGGUGGCCAGGCAUCAACAGCGACAUCACCAACACGGUUGGAGCGUGCGACGCCUGCCAGGAGCGCCGACCGAGUCUACCACCGGAACCGAUAGUGCUGGAACCACCACCAUCAAGAAUCUUCGAGGAUCUGUCGUCCGACAUCUUCACACUCUCUGGAAGAGACUUCCUGGUCUGUGUGGACAGACUCUCCAACUGGCCAGUGAUCUUCCAGUUCCCACGAGGAGACACAACCAGUCGGCAGGUCAUCCAAGCUCUGCGAGAGGUGUUCGUCACACUCGGCGUACCAGUACGGCUUCGCACAGACGGUGGCCCUCAAUUCAAGAGCAGGGAAAUCGCCGCCUUCCUCAAGCGGUGGGGCGUGGUCCACGUCUUCUCCACGCCAUACUACGCCCAGUCUAACGGGCAUGCUGAAGCUGCGGUGAAGACCAUCAAGCACCUCAUCGCCAAAACGACGACCAACGGCUCCGUCGACGAUGAGCGGCUGCAUCAGGGACUGUUGGAGCUGCGGAACACCCCUGGCGCCAGUGGCCGCUCUCCAGCACAGAUCGUCUUUGGCCAUCCAAUCCGCUCCUGGGUUCCAGCUCAUCGCAGUGCGUUCGCCCCGGAGUGGCAACUGCGCGCCGACGACUGUGAUGCCAGGGCUGCGCGGGAUCGUCUUCAACGCGAGCAGCACUACAACUCCUCGGCUCGCAGCCUUCUACCCCUCAAGAUCGGAGCCGACGUCCGACUUCAGGAUCCCAUCAGCAAGCGAUGGGAUAAAGUUGGUGUCAUCAUCGGCGUGGGCUACAAGCGAGACUACCACGUCAAGCUCCCCAGCGGAAGAGUACUAUGGAGGAACAGGCGUUUCCUCCGCUCUGCAGACAGGCCGUCUGCAACUGACAAGUCGUCAACCGAAUCUACGGACCCUGACCCAUCUGACGUUCCUGAACGUAGGGUCCGGUUCCAGCUGCCCCCUGCAAAGCUGAGGCGCAGCUCACGUCAACAACAUCGUCCGGACAGGCUCGGCUACAGCGACUAGAACUUCUUGCAAGAAGUUCUUCAGGGGGAGGGAGAUGUUCUGGUCUGGGCCUCGCCUGCCGGGCCGCCCCGUACCGGUUCGUACCGGCUCGAUGUGACCGGGUGCCGGGUCACUCCACCCUGG